AUGGCGGCGAUUGAAAGAGCUGCGGACCAGGAAGAGAACGUUCAGGGCAGUGGCGCCAUAUCGACCAUCGUCAUCAUCAUAGGUGGAUUUUCGUCUCGGCGGAAUCUUUUUCUUCUUCACUUUCUGAUUUUUCCGAUGUCUUCUGCUUGAUUGUCGAUCCUUAACGGCGCGUUACUCGCAACAGCGAUGCAGACGGAGGCUCUCCCUCUCGUCAACACAUUCCAGCUUACAGAGGACCCUGAUUCACCGUGAGUGAUGCUAAUCGCUUGUGGUUAUGUUGCUUCGAUCCAGUUUAGGGAAAACUUUUCAUCAGUGACCCAUAAUUCCGAACAGAAUUGGCUCUUCCGAUGGCUAUCUGUUUUUUUAUUAUCUAGCUUCCUUGCCAAUCUCUGAAAACACGGCUUUGUCGUACUACUCGAAGUGCACAAAAUCACGUUUAAGUCAACCCAGACUUCGCACAAUUCUUCCCAGUCGUCCUGACAAUUUAAUUUAUCGUCGAUAAGCAUCUUGUUCUCUCCUUCGUUCAGAACCUAACUACCCGAAUAACUGAGCAAUAUGGGAUGCUUGAGUUAUGGAUGGCAUUCCAUAAAUCAUUUGGUGUUCUUUAAGGAGUAAUUCCACGAGACGCGGGCACGGCUAUAUUUCCACCCUCAUUUUGUAUCUCUUUUCAAGAUGUAGUCAAACAGAGGCUCUUUUUCGCGCUCCAUAUAAUGUUGCAUGCUUGCUUCAGAUUUUCAUCAUUUAUUUGGUGUUCUAAUGCAAGUUUUUACUCGUUUGAGUUCACUGUUUUAUGCACAUGUCGUCUGGUAUUUGGGACCAAAGAGUUCCUAAAAAUGACUGUUUCGCAGGUUUCCAAAAGGUGUCCCGUGGGUCAGAUACCAUGGUACCUACAAGGGUUUAGAGAUUAAUAUAAUCUGGCCUGGGAAGGAUUCACUUCUCGGUGAGAAUUCAACUCUCGAUUCAUUUUAAACUUUGUCUCUGUCCUCUGAGAUUUUUAAUGAAUUGAAUAAUUCUCGUGUCAGACUAACUGCCUGGAAAUAUAUAUUGGUUGUACCUUUUAGUUUUCGAAGUAUAUAGGGGAUACUAUGAUGUACAUUCUUGGUAAUGUUUUUUCUCUUGUGAGUUUCACUGGCGAAGUUGCCAAGGCAUGGCUCCUCAUUUGCGAAAAUGACAAUUAUGCUUGGGUAAGCUAAUCCUUGUUGAGUGAAUUUGGGUAGUGGAAGUGCCUCUGAAACAAAGUUCAGGCUCAUUUAUCAUAAACAGCACUAUGACCAACCUUGGAAAUAUGACAGUUGCGUAUAAUGUCAGCCUUAUAAGAUUUAACGAUUAUAACGAUAAAACUGAUGAAUAUUGAAGUAGACUAAAAAAAUAAGAUGGCCAAUUAAUUUAUCCAACUGUAGGGUUUGUACGAGUGCCUCUAUUUUUGAUGGGGGUAGAGCAGAGAACGAAGCCUGAGGCAUGUAUUUGUGUAAGGCAAACGCAGAUAUUGUGGAUCUAAUUUAUUGGUUGUAAUCCCUUCAAUGUUAAUAAAUUUCUCUUUUGUUUUCUGUUGCAUUUUGUUUGUGUUGGGGCAUGUCCUUAACACUUUGGUUACUUCUCACACCAUAAAACUAUAUGCAUAGAUGAUCUUGCCCAGGUAUAUGAAGCUCAAUAUGUGUGCACAUGUUACAGUUAAAUAUCUUUUCUGUUAUAAAUCUAAAUUGUAUAAAUCUUCGUAAUGUAUUUUUAAAUUUCUCGGAGCAAUGAUUAAGUUGAACUUUGUUUCUACUAAUGGUGUUGACUAAGCAGAAAAGACAGAAAUUUUUUAAAGAGAAAUCCAUCCCCUUACUGUUGGCAGAAGCUGGCUUAGUAUCUCAAGAUCUCAAUAUGGAUAAAGCAAAUGGAAUAAUGGCAAUGCUUUCCACGCCUUUUAUAUGAAUAUAGCAAGUGCAUGGUGUGCUUGUACUGGUCAGAAUGGAUUUCUGAUAUUUUCCAUUUCCAAUAGAUGUUAGGAUGGUGCAACCAUGACGGUGCUGACUCUUUUUUUGUCACUUUCCUGACCAAAUAUGAUAUAGAUCUUGUCAAAAUUACCGGUACAUGGAAGAAAGUGAUAUUCUAUUGCUGAAAUCUCUCUUGCUCGCCCUUUUUUGCCUUUUCUAUUUUAGACCCUGCAUCCAGCGAGGUUAAUCAAAAUGUCCUUACUCCAGAAGGCCAUGCCAGUGGGCUCAGCUGCCCAAGGAUAAAGCCCUAGUGUAUUUUUUUAUCAAUAAUUUGUAAUUAUUUACUUUGUUGGUUUUGUUUUCUUCUAAUGGAAUCACGUGUGACACAUGCAUAUUACGAAAAGUUGUCAUUUAUGAUGCAGAGAUGAUCAUGUCUGCACGGGACAUCAGAUGUUCUGUUCUGAUUGUUUUGAUCCGACUACGAAUUUCUUCAAUCACAUAAUGUGUUAUCCUGCAGGGGUCGACAGUGUAGGAACCAUCUCAGCAUCUUUAGUGACAUAUUCAUCAAUUCAAGCAUUGAGACCUGAUCUCAUCAUUAAUGCAGGUACUGCAGGUGGUUUUAAGGUAUACUUCCUUUUUUCCAUGCUCAAAUUUUGAUGAUGAUUCUUAUCCUCCUGCUCAUUGCUUCUUCAGUUCAUAUUUUUGAGUUUUCACUUGAUGAGGUGAAAGCCAUCAUCUUUCAACUUGAAAAUGAACGGGGUGUCAGAAAUUUUAUGCCGCGUGCCAUUCAUGUGUCACAUGUUUUGGAAAGGGUAACAUCUGAUGAUGAUCAUCUACAUAACGUUUAUUGCUCUCUUUUCCUAUUGUUUUUUAUUUUUCUCCUAAUAAGUCUCUGGUUCUUGCUUUAAAUUGUUUAAUUAAUGUGUUUUUCUUUCAUCUCUGCAUCAACUUUUUGUGAGGAAUUCUGGUAAGCAUUCGAUGUCUGACGCCAAAAGCAAAAACGAAAAUACAGUUUUUCAGAAAUUAUAUGUUUCACUUGUUUAGUGGAGCAAACUUUCUCGUAUGUUCUCAUGUCUGUCAUCGGCUCACAUAUUCCUCAGUAUGAACACUUUGUAUUACUAUUCUUGUAUAAUCAUUUAUCCAUGUGUUAAUAUUUUCUGGUGUCUUCUUUCAGUAAUUUCAUUAUGGAAAAACCUGUAGGUUUUUGCUUUAAGGCAACCAACAUUAUAUCCAUGAAAAUUUUCAGGCAAAAGGGGCAUCCAUCGCUGAUGUUUACUUGGCAUCCGAGGUAGCUUUCCAUGACAGGAGAAUCCCAAUACCAGUGAGUUCCCUUGACCUUUGUGGCCUUUUUUUUUCAUUCCAUUUUCAUAAUCGUCGUCAUCGAGCCCAAUCCCAUGAAUUUUGGGUUGACUUAGUAAUCUUAAACCAGAACCCCAAUGACUUGGCAGUUCUUCUAGCCAAGUGUCGACAUGAUGCCAGUUCUGGUUUGUUCUAUGUCAACCCACACUUAAUGACCAUUGUCAGAAGUCUGAAUUGUAGAAUCGGCUGAUUCGAAUCCAUAUGCAUUUGCCAAUCAUAAUUCUGGGGAGGGAGGGAACUUGAUAUAUGGUUCGAUUUGAGCAGAACCUGAGAUAUGGUUAACUGACUGAAAUUAGUCUGGCAAUAUGAAAAUGUUCGUCGAAAAUUAUGCUUAAAAUCAAUAAUUCAGGUGGUGUCUAAAGUAAUAAAGUUGAUGAGAUUAGCAUAUAAAUACGAUUUAUACCAAGAAAAUUAUUGUGACCAGUGAGUAGUGACUGCAUAGUCAGAGGCAUUCAUAAAAGGAUACGCAUCAUCAAGCUUGUCUACUAUGAUGAAGUAAAUCCUUCCUAGAACAAUGAAACAAGAAAUAGAGGGAAUCAAGUCACCCUGACAACAUCUUAAGCAUGAACUUUCCCUGCACAAUAAUCCAAGAGAUAUCCAUCACUUUUGAGACAACCAUGUGUGCAAGGUGGUGGCAUCCGAACUUACCACCUAGGCAGCAAUGCAUGGUAUGUCGGUGCAACCCAGUUUUUGAAAAACAAGAAAGAGAAAGGAGAAAACGGAGAGGAGAACAGAGCAAAGAUUAAGGGUGUUACUGCCCUCAGACUUUUUAAGGUAUGCACAGACCUCUCAAAGUCUAUAUCUAGUAUGAAAAAUUUGAACAGUGACAAGAGUAUCCCUUUUUAGGGAGAAGGCCAAACUACCCUAAUUCAAUAAAAGACAUAAAUACCCCUCUGAUGAUAAAAAAAACUAAAACAAUCACUUCUUCAGUUUUCCAAAAAUGUUAUCCUGAAAAAUAGUGAUAUAUAAGUAUUUAGGCAUUGAAAAUUGGUGAAGAAAUAUUAAACACUUGAUCUCCACCAUUAUCAAAAUCGUCAUUAGAGCAAGUUUUGACCAUCUUGUAUGACGAUUAUUCAGAGAAUGUAUUUUUGAUGCUGUUACGAAAACAUGCCUACGCUGUAUUGAAGGUUUCACAAUCCAAUUCCAUAUUUAGAUAGGUUGAUUUAAUGUCAAUGAGGCUAAAUUUUCAGUUGAGUACAAUACUUUAUUAACUCAAGAUGUGAGGCAUUGCAUCUUGUCAUUUAACGUGUGAACCACAUUUGUUUUUCAUCGAUUUGUAGGUAUAACAUUAACUAACGGCUUUUCUAUACAGCAACAUGUAUUAUGUCUAAUUUAGCAUUACAAGAACCAUGUUCUGUUUUCCUGAGUAUGGCAAAAAAGUGCUUUAGCUCCUAGGUGCCCAAUGCCUUGCACUCCUAUAGUGCCAUGUUGUUCAGGCAAGGCAUUGAAAACUAAAGAUACAUCCAGAUCAUUGGACCAGAAAAUGCUGAGAUGGAACCUAGCUGUGACAUCAUGUUGGAUGCACAUGAAAAAGAAUGACACUGUCAAGGCAAAAGCCCGUAGGAUGUCCUCUUCAAAGUUAUGAAACACCAUGACUAAUUACAUUGUGUGUCGAAUUCACAUGCACUUGGAUGGUACACGUGUAGGAGAACAUAUACUCACUAUUAUAAUAAUAUUUUCUGCUUUCACUUACAUAUCAGCUGGAUCAUUUCUCACAGGUUUUUGAUCAGUAUGGAGUCGGUGCUCGUAAGACAUUUUCGACACCCAAUCUUGUGCGGGAAAUCAACUUGAAGGUGACUGUCGAUACUGAUCCAAGUCAUAUUUCUGCACUUUAAUUUUUCAAAAUUGUUGAGAAUAGCUUCCAUAUUUGGAGAUGUGAGUUAGGAUGUACAGAAGCAUGAAGUGUCAUUGACCGUAUAUUGUGUUGGAUCUUUUGGAAAGAGUGUUCGCCUCUUAUUUUUAUUUCACCUUCUUUCAACAGCAUUUGAUAAAAUUCCUAUCCUCCCACGUGCUCAUCUAUCUGUGAAUACGGCUGAUUAACCCUAGUUGUCCUACUAAAUCCGCCAUAUGAUUAGAAUUGGGCAUAAAGAGUUCUAUCUUUCACCCUUGCCCAAGUGAUAGUAAUAUAUCCCCACCCCCCCCCCCCCCCACAUAAGCUUUUAAGUACAAACAUGCUGAAAUAAUUUUGAUAUUCCUUUCAGUCUUCCUAUUUCUUAUUGGUUUCAUCCGACCCUCAAGGCCAUGACAUGAUCCGAACAGUUUUUCUUGGAAGCUUCAGAUUCUUAAUCGUCUUUAAAUCUUGAAAUUUCAGCUUUUUCAUGUGUCUCACAUUUACUACAACGUUCAAGUGAUGAAUUUUCUUCUAUUUCAUUCAAUGUUUUUUUGUUUCUGACCCAGGCAACUUAUUCGUAUUUCUCAUUCUUGGUCAAAUCUUUCUCCUAAUGGAGUUCAGCUCUGUUUCUACGGCAAAUAAUGCCAUAUGUUGCACACAGUAGAAUUGUGCCCUUACAUACUGGUUGUUUGAAGAUAAGGCGACCCAAAAACAUUAUGUCCACUGACCAAAUUUAGAUUAGAUGCUGUAAAGCUUGGCGUAAUGAUAACCAGAGAAAUUUUGAUUCUCCAAGGGUACAAGAUCCGGUUCACCUACGUGGAUAUAUAUAUAUUCGGACUCCUGAUCCCUUUUGCUUCCUCAUUGUGAUCACAGAUCGGCAAACUAUCCACAGGAGAUUCUCUAGAUAUGUCUCCACAUGACGAGGCAUCCAUCAUGGCUAAUGAGGCAGUUAUUAAAGAUAUGGAGGUAAUCUUCUCAUUUUAUUUAUUUUUAUUUUUAUUUUUUUGCCACUUGGUUCGUAGGAAAUAAUUCUAGCAGUGGUGCUACUCUGCAUCAAGACUUGAAGAUGAUGCGUUAUAACUUGGAAGCAUGCAUCACCUUCCCUGAGACCAAGCAUGACGGUCUCAGUCCCAAUCAACAAAUUCUCACCCUCUGAAACUAGGAGCAAAGAAAAACUAAUAAAUUUGCUUCUCAGAUGCUGUAGAAAAACAUGGAGCUCUAAACUUAAGUCAAAGACAUCUUAGAUCAGGAAGAGCAGCUUGAAAGAAAGAUAUCAGUAUCAAUUCUUUGCAUACCUGGGGAAAGCAGGUUCAGCUAUUUAUUCGAGGCAUCUCUUGAUUAAGACAUCAGUUAACAUGGCCAUUUUUUCUUCGAUCAGUGAACUCUGUCCUACCCUUUUCACAAACCUGGAUUACCAAUUAGAUAUGUCAGUGUCUUUUGAGGGUGCCAGAACUGAUGUUCAACAUGGAAUGUUAACCCCGAAAACAUCGCUAUGAGCUUUUUUCUCCGUAUUUAGAGGAUGGUGCAUGAUUGCAUGAAACUGAAGAGGAUGAAGGAAAGGAAAGUGGAGCAGAACACCAGGUUGAGAAAGCCAGCUGGGUACCAAUUUUCCAACAUGGGCUUAAUUAGGCUAAAAUAGGAAAAAAAGAGUGGUUCGGCUAUAUCACCUUGGAAAUGGCCCCUGAUUGCAGACGACAACAACGGGGUUACAAUCUUCGCAUGUAGCAAAAAUUUAGCAUUCUGACAAUCUCUGGCUCUUGCAUCCUUCCACUCGGCCCUCGGUGUUCUCAUAUAUCCCAUGGUGAUGUUGCUUUUUAUCCUAAUUAUUUUAACUCUUUGAAUCUUCUCUCUCUCUCUCUCUCUCUCUCUCUCUGUAUAUCCUACUUAUUGCCACAUGCAAAAUCGUGGGGCAUGCCGAUUUAUUGAUUACCAACCCAUCCAAGAAAGAUUGUGACCGACCGCAACAUUCUCUAUCAGUGCAUCAGGCUAAGUAAGACAUGCUCUCCAAAAUAUCUUGUUAUGUUCAGGCUAAUUCUAUGGUAAUAUUAAAACCAGGUGCAGUUCAUGUCAUCUAUUAUCUUAAUCUCCUCAUCUACCGGUUACUCUUCUCUUCAUUUCAGGGAGCGGCAGUUGCAUAUGUGGCCAGCCUUUUCUCAGUCCCAACCAUCUUCCUAAAGGCAGUGACAGACAUCAUCGACGGCGAUAAGCCCACUGCCGAGGAGUUCUUAGAGAACCUGGCUGCCGUCACAGCAGCGCUCGACCAGGCGGUGAGCCAAGUUGUCGACUUUUUUCCGGGCAGAUCCCUCUCCGAACUUUAA